AUGCGACCUGCUGGGGGCCGCUGUGCCCCAGAUCUCCCGUGCAUUUCCUUAUUGCUGUUCCUCGGCUGCUUCUGCUCAACCCUAGUUCUUGCUCACUCAGAGGUCCGGUUUGACCUCGAAAAGGCCCUCACCCAUGACUGUCCGGGAUGCUACAAUGGCGCAUGCGUAAACGGCUCCUGCGUCUGCGUACCGGGCUGGAUUGGCAAGCAGUGUGAUCAGUGUUUUGGGAGGAUUAAAAUUACCAACCAGUCCACCGAAAUCCUCGACGGCCCCAAGUCCUAUCAAUCCCUCCAAAAAUGCACUUGGAUUGUCGAGAAUGAAGCCGCCACGCUACCCACCACCUUCCGCUUCAACUCAUUUACGACAGAAUGCGGCUGGGACUUUUUGUACAUCUACAACGGCAAGGGUGUCUACCAGGAACAGCUGGCGGCGCUUUGCGGCAAGAUGGAGAAGCCGAUCGAGUUGAUGGCGCCUUCAGGGAACGCCGUGCUGUAUUUUGUGACAGAUAUGGCGGCAAAUUACCCGGGGUUCAACAUCAGCUUCGAGUUUGACAGAUGCCCCUACAACUGCAACGACCACGGCACCUGCAAGGUGGACGGUUGCCACUGUGAGGACGGCUAUUCCGGAAGCAGUUGUGAAACGGCCCACUGUGUCGCGGACGAAAACCCGGGGCCCUGCCUCAACAAGGGCUUCUGCGAUUCCGGGAAGUGCAACUGCACCAGCGGCUAUCAUGGGAUGUAUUGCCAACAACCGAUAGCGCUUCCGAUUUGGAAUCCGGUGGUUGUGACGGGGGAGACGACGGUGCAGAGGGCCUCUCACGCUUCGAUAGUCGAUGGCCUUGGCGACGACAACGACGUUAUCUGGACCGUUGGCGGCUAUGGGUUCUCUGGAGUCAAGCAGGAUAUGAUCGUCACCUUCAAUCUUUCCACCCGAGCCUGGACCCCUAUCCAACUUGCUGAUGAAGGCUCACAUCAACCCGAAAACCGAUAUGACCACACUGUAGUGAAGUACAAGAACCAACUCUACAUGUUCGGCGGGGUCAAGGAGGGCAAGGAGGUGACGAGCGAGUUAUGGGUGUUCCACAUGGCCUCCAGGACCUGGGAACUGGUGUUUCAUGGGAACAACACGAAUUUGGAAGUACCUCCAUGGGCCGUCGCUGGCCAUACCGCCCACGUCGUCAAGCAGAAGAUGUACGUCAUUUUUGGGUACAACCCACUUCUCCAACAACUCCCGCACGUCCAGGUCUACGAUUUCGAAGAAAAACAAUGGACCCAUACCGAAUAUCAGACUUACGGAAGAUUCGGGCACGCUUCGAUACUUGUUGAAGAUGUUCCGGAACCGUACAUCCUGAUCCACGGUGGGAAGCCUCUACACUCAAACAUAUCCGACGACCUGAUCCAGCUGAAGCUCACCGGGGAAAUGAAAAAACUAUCGUCAAACCCUCCGAAUCGCCUGAUGCUCCAUCGCGCGGUCUACUUCAAUAACCUGAUGAUACUCACUGGCGGAAAUAUCGCUGAUGAUUGCUUCAACGAAGAGAUGAUGAUCUAUGACAUUGCAUGUGAGAGCUGGGUGCAACCAGACCGGACCAGCUUCAAACAGCCCGAAUUGGCUCGGUAUGGCCAUACUGCUGUCGUGGCCGGGAAGGAGAAGAUCUACGUCAUCGGAGGGUUCAACGGGACCAUGCGUGCAAAUAUUAUUGAAUUCCAUGCGGCAAAGUGCCACUCAGCCAGCCGACCCGAAGAAUGCCAAAACAUCAACGGCGGCGUCAGAUGCGUUUACAUCGACUCAAAGUGCCAAAAAUACGACAACACCCGAAGUGUCAAACCCGACUUCAUCGCUGUGGUAAAAAACGAGCGACGAGCCAAUGGGGUGUACUGCCCGGAGAGCAAGCUCAAAAACGUUCCGGUGUGCGGAGAGCAAAAAGACUGCGUGGCAUGCACAUCGCAGAAUGGCUGUGGGUGGUGCCCGACGGAAAAUCAGUGCUUGCCGAGUGAUGAGUUGUGCUUGGAUACGCAGGCAAUCCUGACCACCUGGGAAAAGUGCGCAGCAGCAGUAUCCGCAGCCGGUUCCCCUCGACCCUGCGCAAUGGCUCACAACUGCUACUCGUGCAAGCUGCUCCCCCACUGCAACUGGUACAUCGACGCAGCGAGACCACAGUGUAUCACCGUAGAGGAAGAAGCAUUCCUGCUAAACGAGCGUCGUGCCAAGGAGCUGGACAACCUUACCAAGAUCGGAAGCGGUUUCCCGAAAACCCCUCACUUCUACCCGCUGCCCUUACCCCAGACGCCGAACGUCACGCUAUGUACGUUAGCCGGCCAAGCAGCUUGUGAGGAGGCAACCUCGUGCUCGGACUGUAUGGAUGAGGAGCAGAGGAAGGGGUGUAUGUGGUGUCCUUCGACUGAACGAUGUAUCAACCAAGAAGCCUACACGAUCGCCUUUGCUUACGGUCAAUGCCAAUCGUGGGUGAACGAAGCGUCGAAAUGUGGAAGAGAAUCAGCAACGUGCCAAGACCACAAGACCUGCCAGGAGUGCCAGAGUCAGCCGGGUUGCGGCUGGAUUGAUGAUGGAUCGGAGACAGGGCUUGGUGACUGUGUUCAAGGAAGCGACAAUGGGCCUCGGAAUAGCAGUAUAGAGGUGGCGGAUGGGCAGUGGUUCUUCACGGCUUGUCCAGCCUGCCAAUGCAACGGUCACGCUACUUGCGAAAAACCGGCCCGCUCCGACCAGAAGACGUUGCAGUGCAAGGCUUGCUCAAAUAACACCACUGGAGAGCAUUGCCGGUAUUGCGCUCCUGGGUUCUUCGGUGACGCCAGGAAUGGCGGAACUUGCAAGCUUUGUGAGUGCAACGGCCAAGCAGAAGACUGCGACAACGAGACUGGCGCUUGCUACUGUAUGACCAAGGGUGUCGUCGGGGAACAUUGUGACCGCUGCGAUACAAAGUACAUCGGAAACGUGACGGCAGGCGAUAUUUGCAAAUACGAGCUUGCGGUGGACUUCAUCUUCACCUUCAAGCUGAAGAACGACAACCAGGACAAGCAUGUCAACGAGAUUUUCCUGUUUUCGACGCCUUACAAGCGAGACACCGACGUCACCUUCCAAAUUCAUUGCGAGAAUGGGACCGCACAAGUGGCUCUAAAUUUAACGAGCAACAUUUUUGAUGGACAUUUGGGCUUCGGACACACGAAGCAGAUGAUGGUCCACACCACCUGUGACUCGAAGGGGCUCCGGAGAGUGUAUCUUGCGAACGACCCGGGAUAUGCUUUUGGCACUGAUGCGAACACGACGUUUUACGUCAAAGUCUCCAACUUCACCACCCCGAUCACCAUCCAAGUAUCCUUCGCCCAGUCCCCACCCAUCAACUGGGUGCUCUUCUUUGUCAUCUUCGCAGCCUGCUUCAUCGUGCUCCUCGUCGUCGCCGGUCUACUGUGGAUGAUCAAGCUCCGAAUCGAAGUCUACCGCCGCAAUCAAAACCGCAUCAACGAGAUCGAACACAUGGCAUCUCGGCCUUUUUCAUCUGUGCGGUUGGAGCUGACAAAUCCAUAUACGAAUUCGAUCGCUACCCCAAUCUCAAUCGAACCUUGCGCGGGCUACAAAGCUGGAGUCUACACGUUAGCCGUGCGGUUGCCUACAGGAGGCCGUCAAACGACUCCCAACGGCACCUCCGGUCUCGCCGUUGCUUCAGCACUAUGCAUGCUGACCCCAUCACAACUCGGGGUCCUCACCGCGCCGGAUAAUUCGGAUAACCGAAACAACCGGAAGCGUCAUUUCCGCAGCUUUAUCCCGUUCCUGCGCAACAACUCGGAGACCCAGAUG